AUGUCCAUGAUAACGAAAUACUUCACAAAUGUGCUGAUAAAAUUCAACCCUUUCACACCAGGGGCGAAAAGCGCCAGAAUUUUCCUUUCGCGAAUGCCAUCAACAACAAAAAUAGAUUAUAAAGUAUUGAAUGGAGAUUCAAAAGAUCAACAACAAGAGAUAAAAAUAGUAUUUAAAGAUAAACAUGUAAUGAAAGCUGAUCCUUCUGAAAUGAAUGUUGCUGAUUUAACUGAUUAUUUUAAUUCACAUUCUAGAAAAUUAGCUAUAAAGGAUUCUAUACAGGAGUAA